AUGCGGGCCUGGUUGUCUGGGCUCUGGGUGGAGAACGGCGAGAUGCGGUUAGUCUAUUACGGUGACGCCAAUGAGAAGCGUCCCAACGGUGGAGGUGUGGAUUACGUCGCCGUCCGACGGUGCGAACCCCCCGUCGUGUCAACUGCCCGCCUGGCCAAGACCCGUAAUCGUCCAAACCCCCAACACACCCUGAAGAGCUGGCGAGCCCGACCCGCCAUGGACAGAAGUGAUGGCGGCGAGCCACGCCCGCAGAAGCGGACCCGUGCUAGCGCCUCCAGGCUUCCCAUCGCACGCAGUCGUGCCGACCUGCGAUACGUCGUGUCGUAUUCGAGCCUUCGGUUCCAGUCCAUUGCCAGAACGAGAGACAUUGCAAGAAAUGCUGACCAGAUCAGAAAACGCCAUCUCAAGUGUGACGAGGCCAAGCCGGUAUGCCUGCGGUGUCAGAAGGACCAGUGGAAGUGUGAUGGCUACUUGGACCCGGUGCCGCCCAGGAGGCAAAUCUCCGCCGUGAGCGCCAGCGCGAGUGCGAGCUCGAGUGCGUCUACCGCUGCAUCAAGCGCCACGCCCUCAUGCAGCGUGCUGUCCCCGGCGCUCGAGUACGGCGGCAGCCAAGCCCUCCUGUCCCCAGCAGAUAAGCGGUCCCUCCACCACGCGCUGCAGUGCACGCUGUGGCAGAUGGCGGGCGGCUCCAAGGCCCUGCGCGCCUUCUGGCUGCACGACGUCCCCCUCCUCGGCCACCACCUUGGCGCCGUGCACCACACGCUCAUCGCCCUCGGCGCGGCGCACGAGUCCUUCCUAGUCGACAGCAUGCUGCCGAAGUCGUCAUCAUCAUCGUUGCCGCCGCCGCCGCCGUCAGGUUCCUGCGCAGGCGGAAAGUCGCUUGUACUGCAGCACUACAACCUCGCCAUCCAGGAGAUCCGGCCGCUCAUGACGGACCCCAAGCCCAAGGACCUCCAGACGGUUCUGGUGUGCUGCCUCGUCUUUGUCUGCAUCGACUUCACGCGGGGCCAGUACGAUUCGGCGGUGCGCCACCUGCGCGCCGGGUCCCAGGUGCUCGUGUCGUUUCUGGACGCCAUCAAGCUCUCCAGCAGUAAGGUCCCGGUUGACAGGCGGAAAUGGCACGAGCUUGUGCGCGACCACGGUAUCCAACCGGACCAGAUGCUGGCAGUGAUCGAGCUCUUCUCACGGCUUGGGACGAACCUAUCGGGAGCGCUUGACGAGAAUGUUGUGUCGCACCUGGCGCUCUUUGGGACGACACCUCUGCUGGGGAGCCAUGUGGAAAGUGACUCUUUUGCAUCACUUAGCGACGCUGAGGACGAGCUGCGGGCGAUCGAGACCGCAUAUGAGACGUGGUACGACCAGAUCGCCAUCGAGAAUACCUCGGAGUCGGGACUGCCAAGGAAUCGCUCGGCGGGGUUGCAGUUCAGGAGAUCCAUCGCCCUGCAGAUCGAGGAUCACCACACAGCCAACUGGAAACGCCUGUGCCAGAGGUUCUGGGACUGGAGCACCAAGCUGGACGCGUUCGCCAGCAGCCAUAUGCUGAAUGCGACGGGCAACGCAGUAGAGAACACGGAGUACCUGAGGAUGCUGGUCCUGCAGAAGGUGUGGACCUCUACUUUCAAGGGCGACAGCUGGGUGUUUGGGUUGGCCGACGGGAUUGCACCGGAGGACCUCGAGGCGAUAUUUGAUUGCGUGCAGUUGCUGAUGCAGUCCAUUCCGCCCUCGGAGCAUCCCGUAUUCACACUAGACGGGUUGAUCAUACCACCCCUGGCGUAUGUGGGCUGGCUUACGGAGGACACGAACCUCUUGCAGAAAGUGGUGGACGUCCUGAGGACGAUGGACAGGCGAGAGGGCGGAUGGGACAGCAAGGACCUGUCGGAAAUUUUUGAGGCCCUCCUGGUGGCGAGGAGGCAGGAGUCCAAGCUGGAACACGUCCCCGGCGGCACGCUGCUUGUGAUGAGGGACCUGCUCGCCCUGGGCCUGCCUUGCAUCGCGCCGACGAACCGGAGCGUGCAGUUCAUCAAGGCCUUCCUGGAGUACCAACGAAGGAGGACGGAUAAUUUCGAUAGAAGGAUAGCGCUGUAA